CGGGGCGUUAACGUGUGCGCAGGCGUCGUUCGGCUUGGGACUUGGAGCUCGGGACUUGUGUGGACCGGCUCAGUGAUCCAGUCUGUGCAGUACCAGGAGGUUGUCUCUCUGCCAGGAAAACAGAUAGUUGGCCUUCCCUCCCUUAUCAAAAGAAGUUCCUGUUGGAACCUGUGCCUUCGCUGUCCCUCAGAUGCCUUAAGACCCUUUGUCUGCAAGAGAAUCUGAAAUUCCAGAAAAGGAUAAGGAGUCCAAACUAGAAGACCCAUUCCAUGGACUUUCAGGUCAUUUCAGUCCAAGAGGGACUGGCAGACACUGAACCCACUCCAGGAACUUGGAGGUCCAAGCUUGAGUCCAGAAUUCCACACAGAGAAGGUCUGGUUCAUGUCUAUCACAGUAAUUCCUGCCUGUUCUCCCCAAGAAGUUGGUUGGGAGCACAACAACCAGAGGGCAGUAAGAAAGCAGUGACUAUGGUGGAGAAUUUGAUCCAAAGGUCUGGGGCCAGAGCCCAAUAUUCUCAGGAUUCUGCCUUUCUUCGAGAAGGGAAUACAGAAAAGAAGGAGAUAGCAGCUGUAUUCCUGACAGUCAAAUACAAGGAAUCAGUAACAUUCAAGGAUGUUGCUGUGGAUUUUACCCAGGAGGAGUGGGAACAGCUGAACCCUUUUCAGAGAGACCUUUACAGGGAUGUGAUGCUGGAGAACUACGGGAACCUUGUUUCACUGGGGCUUUCCAUUUCUAAACCUCAAGUGAUCUUCCAGUUGGAGCAAGGGAAAGAGCCAUGGAUACAUAAGCUACAGAGAACUAAUGUGAAACAUGUGCCAAAAAUUAUUUCUACAGACUGGGAGAGUGGGCUUGAAAUUCAGGAAUCAACUCCAAUGUUUGGAAUAGUCAGUGUACCUGACAACCAGUUGCAGAAGAGGGAAAACUCUGAAGAGGAGACAGGGGAGGACUUUCUUUCCCCUAAGAGAGAUUUAAAACAAGUGUCAAUUAUCUCCCAACAAGACUCCACUCAGGAAAGAGGCUGUAUAUGUAACAAAUGUGGAAAAACCUUCUUUGAUAACUCAUCUCUUAUUCAACAUCAGAUAAUUCACACUGCAAAGAAGCCCUAUAAAUGUCAAAAAGUCUUUAAUUGCUCUUCUGCUACCCUACAUCAGAUAAUUCAUAAUGGGGAAGGUCUCUAUGAAUGUUAUCAAUGUGGGAAAGUCUUCAGGUGGAAAUGUAAUCUCACUCGACACCAGCUAAUACAUACUGGAAAGAAGGCUUAUGAAUGUAAUGAAUGUGGGAAAGCCUUCUUUGACCGAUCAGCCCUUACUCAACAUCAAAGAACUCAUAAAGGAGAGAAGCGUUACAAAUGUAAUGAAUGUGGAAAAGCCUUGUCUAAACAAUCAUCCCUUACUGAACAUGAACGAAUCCAUACUGGAGAGAAACCCUAUGAAUGUGAUGAAUGUGGGAAAGCUUUCACCCUGAAAAGUACCCUUACUAGACAUCAACGAACACAUGUUGGAGAAAAACCCUAUGAAUGUGACGAAUGUAGGAAAUUUUUCAGUCAGAAAAGUAAUCUUACCCGACAUCAGCUAACACAUACUGGAGAGAAGGCUUAUGAAUGUAAUGAAUGCGGGAAAGCCUUCUUUGACCAAUCAGCCCUUACUCAACAUCAGAGAACUCAUAAGGAAGAAAAGCCAUAUGAAUGUGAUGACUGUGGAAAAGCCUUCACUCUUAAACGUAACCUUACCAGACAUCAGUUAAUUCAUACUGGAGAGAAACCUUAUUUUUGCAGUUUAUGUGGGAAAGUUUUCAGUAGUAAGUCAUCUGUUAUCCAACAUCAGCGACGUUAUGUCAAAGAUUAACCUGGGGAAUAAUAAGUUCAGAGAAUACUUCAUUCAGACUUUUCAUUUUUUUAAAUACCUAAACAUCAAGGUGGGACAAGAACCAAUAAAGAUUUUAAGUUGGUCUCAACUUAAAUGUUUU